AACCAAACCAGUUUCACUCGACAAGGUAAACAAAACACAUCUUAGAGACAAAUUGCAAGUUAUUCGCCAGGCGAUUGACCUACCAAUGGAUACGUUAAAUAUAAAACCAUUAAGUCAGGAAUUAGAGUGGUCUCUGGAUGCGCCAAGCGGCGUUGGAGCCACUCGGGAGGUGGUUGACCACGCUCCCACCGCCAUGGCCUGCACCUCCAGCGAGGAGAGGCAGAUCCGCCGCGUCACGGGCCGCUGGGGCGCCGAGUGGUUGAGCUGACUCGGCACCGGGAGUUUCAAGCCCGCCGGCCAAUGGCCGGUCGACCACCCCUUGCCGUGUCCACGGUGGGGGGCCCCCCGCCCAGCUUUGCACCUCACCCUCCGCCAGUACGAGGAUUUGGUGGCCAAAGCCGAGGCGUUACUGAGCCGACUCGUGGUCAACGAACGCUACGAUUCCGUUAACAACUUCAUAUCCCUAUACGAAGCAUACAUGGCUGCCCCAGAUGAAAACUUAAAGGAAUUCUUCCCGAAGUACAACCCCCCAAUACGCCCUCAUAAACACACUUGUGUAGGCUUGGGCAUGGAAGUGAUGAAAUGUCUGAAAGUGCUUGAGAAGGACUUCCCUGGUAUAACCAAGUCGAUGAUGCUGGUAUCUUGUGAUGAGAAUAUUCAAGAUUUAGUGGAUUAUACGACAUCGUGCCCCGGGCCGCAAGGGUUUUUGAUUGAGACAGAGAAGGACCACGUGAUGGUAGCUUGCCAUGUGAGGGUUGACGGCAGACCAGGAGUGUUCCUGUCCGACUUGGGGUACCACAUAUCUCGAGUCGUCACCGUCAUGGCGGACCGCUGCUACCCGCAUACAGGCUGGUUCACCCAGUCAGACGAGCCUCACUGCAAGAAGGAGUACAAUUACCAGUUCAACCUGCACAACUGCAACUACGUGGAGUGGCAUGAGCGGGAGACGCGAGGCGACAAGGUCAAGGAGAGGUUAUCUCUGGUGUACGUCGCAAGAGCCUACCUCAGCGCAGUACAAGUUACCGAAAAGAGGAACCUGGUUUGGGAUAUGAAAAGUCUCCUAGCCCGCAACCCCAAAGGCCACUUGACGGCGGGUAUCUACUUCAUAUCCAAGCAGAAGGACACUCAGCUCACGAUGAUCUUUGACGGUCACAACGGCAAGCAGAGGAAGAAAUUUAAGUUUGAAACCUUCUUGGAAGUGCAGAAGAUACCAGAAGAAGUCGUAGAUGAUGUCGAGGAAUGCAACGACCAGCUCCGUUUGCGGGACGGCGAACUGCUCUCCGUGCUCAAGAAGCUGGCCACCAUCAUGACAGACGAGGAGUUUGUGGCGGAAAUGCUCGAAAUAAACGAUAGGGUCGUACAACUUUCCGCUGGGGAGAAAUAAACCUCUCAUGAGUACACGGGCGUAGCAAGAAAAUAACGUUUUUAGGGGCAGAGUAAAUGAAUUAUAGCAUUUUAGUGUCAAUUUGUUUUCUCAUACUUCGCAUUUUUUUGACAGACUGGCCUAUGACGUUACUUAAGUGUUGUGUCUUACGUGACAAUACGUCUCUAAUUCUGACGGUUUUCUUUUUAGUGUAAUUCAAAUGCUCUCUCAGGCUUUAUUAAGACCUUCCACUGGCUCUGGUGCCUUUAUCUUUCCCUAAUACUACAUUGGUUCAUUUGUUAAUAUACAACUUAAACAUAAUUCCACAAAAAUCAGUCAGUCAUCUUUGUAGAAUAGGGUUUAAUUUUCCGCUAAUAUCUGGAUAAUUAAGAGAUCUACCGCAGCCUUGUUAGCAGUUAUGACUAGUAUAAUAUUGUGGAAAAAAAAGAGAAUUCUUUCAUUUAAUAAAUAAAUAUCGGACAUAUUCUGGAUAUAUAUCUGGGCGAGAAAUGGUGUCCAGUAGUCACAGUUGCAAGCUUUUUGUAAACUUUGAUCACUUGCAACGUUUUGUGCCAGCUCUCAGUUCAUCUUAAGAGGGAAAUGGGAUUUCUUGUUAGUACUAGUACGUAGAACUAGGACUAGAACUCCGACAUGACCGGAGAUUUUAGCUAAAAAAGGCAUUUUUUUUCUUAAUAUACCAUCUAAGAGUAGUAGUAAAUUCAUUAAGUACCAGCCUUUCUUUUAAGAUAUUUAUAGAUUAUUCUAGCUACGCCCGUCAUCAAAUAGUUUCACAAGAAGGAUAAGUGUUAACGGAAUCAUAACAUCAUUAACUUCAAGUAUAUUGUUGUAGUGACUUGUAGUAUUGUAGUGUUAUCAUAUAUUUUUAAUAUUCAUCUAAUUAGUAGACGAAUCGGCACAUUGGGGAAAUAAAUUUUUAAUAUUCA